GCGUGUGUUUGAUAGGGGGCAAGGCGCUCUCGAUAAGGGAUAUGAUUGAGUGGUCACGAAUAAAGGGAGCCACCACUUGUACGGGGAAAUAGCGAUGUUAAUUAUCUCUCUAUAUGUCUCCGCUAAUGAAGGCGGUAGUUGAAAAUGAGUAAUAUACCAUAUCAAAGAUGGCGGACCUUAAUAGACAGCGGCUGUUGAACCUGCUGACGAUACCAGGAAAUAACACGUGUGCCGAGUGUGGGGAGCCUGAUCCAGAGUGGGCAUCCUGUACUAUAGGCAUUUUCUUGUGUGAACGUUGUGCUGGGCUACACAGGAGUCUAGGUACCGACUACAGCCGUGUGAAGUCCAUCCGACUAGACAACUGGGAUACAGAUCAUGUCAAGAAUAUGGAAGCUAUGGGUAAUGAGAAAGCCAAUGCUUUACAUGAAAAGCACAGGCCUGCCUUCUAUAAAAAACCUACAAGGAGUGAUCCUCCAAUCUUACACAAAGAAUGGGUCAAUGCCAAGUACAGUAGAAAAGAAUUUGAUGUUGUUGACAAACAGUUGAGCUAUACCUCUUCAACAAAAGAAGGCAUUUUAAUGAAGAGAGGAAAGGAUGACAAGAAAUACAAUCGCAGGAAAUUUAUUCUUUCUCGGUCGGAGAAUAAGAUGAUUUAUUACCCAAAGGAUACGAUUACUUCCAGUACCAAGCCGAAAGCAGAGAUCUGUUUAGAUGAUAUUAAUUUAGUGUUUGUACCAGACAAAAUGCAACAUGCCAAUGGUAUGCAGAUCUCGUACUUGCUGAAGGGCUCAACCAGGAAUAUAUUUGUGUACACCGAUGAUUCCAAGGAUAUAGUUGAUUGGUAUCUAGCUAUUCGGGCAGCCAAAUUGGAGCGGCGGAGGAUAGCCUUCCCAGACAGGGAUGAAAAAGAUCUGGCUGAAGAUUUGACACAAGAUUUUCUAAUGGAGGGCUAUUUAAGUAAGAUGGGACCAAGAAAUGAACCCUUCAAGAGGCGAUGGUUCUCUCUGGAUAAGAGAAAGCUAAUGUACUAUGAAGAUAAAUUGAAUCCUUUCCCGAAAGGUGAGCGGUUUAUAGGUCAUCGUGAUGGAGGGUUUUCUGUGAGUAUGAGAGCAGCAGAUGUCCGAGUUCCACAUGGAUAUACAUUCACACUGCAUAUGCCUAACCGUGACUUUAUCCUGUGUGCAGAAACACGGGAGGAUAUGGAUCAGUGGAUAUGUGCCCUACAGAGAGUCAUAGAAACUCCCCUAACACCACAAGACACAAAAGUGGCCUCACAGUUGGUACAUAAGAGACAUGAAUCCUUCAUUACUAUGAAGAAGUAACCUGACAAGUGGAUUUUAGACACAACAGGGAAACAUCUCUAUAGCUAGGAAUGUUUUGUACGAGUGCCACUCCUUACGGCCACACCAGGACAGUGGCAACAGAGGGGAUACUGUGUCAUACAGUCGCCUCACAUUCCCAAGGACAAUGGCAACAGAGAGGACUGUAUAUAUUCCCAGUGACAGAGGUGAUGAUGUGCCACAUGGUGGUUAUAUCCGGGGUAGCCACAUAUCUGGAGUGGUGGCAAUACAUACACAAAGUGAUAACCAAGUGUGGCCACCAAUCUAUGUGAUCAUUACAUUGAUAUUGAUGUGUACAAUUGUGAUGCUAGUAACUCAUUAACUGGCAUAUGCUGAAUUGGUAUCUAGCUACACAUACUGUUGUUGUAUGUAAUCAAAUGCUGCAGGCUCUACCUGAUAUUAUUCUACAAGUUACAGAAGAAUUGGUUGGAGGCUACAGAGAACAAAGACUAACAAUGAUUAAGACAUAAAGAUUUUAUAAUUUAGUUUAUUGACAAAUUAAUUGAUUAAGUUUUGUAGUCUGGAUAUUGAACUGAUAACUGAUAUUAUAGCAAAGACAGUUAAAAAAAACGGUGUUGGUUUCCAAUGCUGCAGCAAAGACCUGUUUAAUUUUGGGGUCAGGGCAAUUAACAAAAUGAUGUUCAUGGUAAAUUAGAAAGAUAGCUACAAACUCUACUACUGGCACACACAAAGGAUAAUUAAUAGAUAUCAGAGUAUUGGAGAAAUUAUAUUACGUAUUAUGGUAUUAUAUAUGCAGUCAAACUUGUCGUAUAUGACCUUCCAAGGGAGGCAAUAAUGAAGGUCACACAUGACAUUAAUCCAGGUUCAGGUCACUGCUAUAGUAAAUAGCAUCAGGGAGGAGCUAAUACAGUCACAUAUGAGAGGAAGUCACUAAUUCAGGUGUUCGCUAACACAAGUUUGACUGUAUGUUAUUUCUAAGUAUAAUAUAUGCAUAUAUCGUAAAUUUUCUAAAUAUUCGCAAAAAGUAAUAAGAUUUUAUUUAAGUCUUAAAUGCUUAUGAUGCAGUAAUUAUUUCAACACAGCGCCAUCUUGCAGAACGAGUUAGAUUUUCAGUACAGUAUAAUUCCGGAGUUUAAGCUGUUCUUAUAACCUUUUGAAGCAUAGAAAACAAAAAAGUUAUUUCCAGAUAUUGUAUUCAAACAAUAUAGAAGGACUUGGUUUAAUCUGAAAAAGAACCUCGCUUAUAAAAUACCCAUUGCAACCUCUCACCUCUCCCUAGUUUAUUGGUGUGGAAAAGAUUAAUUUGAUAGUGAUCUUUAGUAUGGUAUCUUUAUCAAACAUUAAAAGUUAAUAUCAUAAAAAAAAAAAAAACCAGGAAAUUGUCCGAGACAUUAUUUUGAAAACAUUUGAAAUAACUAACAAUUAUUAAUGUAAAUCUGUGUAUCUAUUGUAGUUCAGUGAAAAUACAGUCUGUUGUUAUCUUCAAUAAGAUUCAUCAACUUGGAGAUAUUUAUAUACCAGGUUUAUCUUUACACAAACAAUAUAUGUUAACAAGGAGACCAGUUGGUCUUGAAACCAUGCAACGACACUUGUACGGAUUGGUAUGUAUAGUGUUUGUGUAUAAAGAUAAACCUUGUAUAUACAGCAAACAGUUGCUAUUUCAUUAUCCCUUGAAAAGAAUCAAAGAUAACCAUGCAAACGUUGAAACUAACAGAGAAUUAAUAACUAUUUUUCAGAAAAAAAUCUUGUGUAGGGUCUUAUAGAUAUUGCAAACAUUAGAAAUCAAUUGAGGAAAUGAUGGAAGGGUAUAGGGUCUUAUAGACAGUGCCAGUGUCGAAUAAACAGUGUUGGGGUCAGAUGGACAGUGUUAGGGUCUUGAUAGACAGUGCCAGUGUCGAAUAAACAGUGUUUGGGGUCAGAUGGACAGUGUUAGGGUCAGAUAGACAGUGUUAGGGUCUUAUAGACAGUGUUAGGGUCUUAUAGACAGUGUUAGGGUCAGAUAGACAGUGCCAGGGUCGGAUAGACAGUGUCAGAAUAAAGAUUUGAUAGAGGAAAUGCUGGGAUGGUGUAAGUAGCCGGAGACUUACUGAAUAAACUGAGAACAUAGUUGGGGAGAGUGUGGGACUGGAUUCUCUGUGUUAAUUUAAAGUGACCAGCAUUUUUAUGACAGUACAUUUUCUCAAUAUUUUAUUGAAAUAUAACAUUCCAGGUCAUGUCAUUCCUUACUUAACAAACCUCUUUUGUUUUCUUGAACUUAUAAUUAAGAUAUCCAAUUCCUUUGCUAAUUUUUUUUAUCAGCUUGAAAUAAGGUAGAGUAUGGUUAUAAUGUUUACAGACCUUGAACAGUUCUUUUUCUGGUUCUUUUUUUUGUUUUGUGUUUUAACCUUAUAAAAUGUACAGAGAUAACUAUAGGUUGUGGGCCAUUUGCAAAAAAAAA